UGGGAAGGUAGUCCUCUCAUGAAAAUUGUUGCUUAGGAACCUUAAAUAACCCUUUGGAGCAAAUGGGACCUGAGUAUCUGUAGAGUUGGUAGAGAAGAGUUAUAUUUAACUAGAUUAGAAAAGUAGGAGGUGUUCAGGGCUUGAAGUGCUUUAAAUGCCAAAUAGAGGAGUUUAUGUAUGAUUCUAGAGGUAAUAGAGAACCACUGAAGUUUAUUGAAUUGGGGGAAAGAGGUGCAUGUUGAUAUAUGACUUAUGUUUUAGGAAAACUCACUUGUGAGAGUGGUAUUGAGCAAAGUUUCUUAAACUUAACAUUCAUGACUCCUUUUGGCCAAGAAAUUUUUACAUGACUUUGAGUAUAUGGGUAUAUAAAAAUAGGUACACAAAUCAAACAUUUACUCAUCAUAACUCAUAGUUUUGUGACCCCCAUAUUGGGGGUCAUGACCCAUAGUUUAAGAAGCAUUCUUGUAGAGAAUGGAACAGAGCGGGGAGCAAGGGAAGCUACUGUAGUAAACAGGCACAAAUUAUUAGAGCUAGAACUGAGGCAAUGGUUAUUUGAAUGGAGAAGAUGUAUCCCAGAGAUGUUACAGCAGUAGAAAUAAGAUUUGGCUAGAAUGGUAGUUAUACAUGAAACGGGAGAAGACAGAUUAGACUGAAAAGGGUGGGUUGGGGUCAGAGAAGGGAAAGCUUUUAGUAUUAAGCUGAAGAGCCUGGAUUUUACACUAAAGUCAACAAGUAGCCACUCAAGGUUAGAGACAGGUUGAGUAUAGAUCCUUGUCCCAUGUAGUAAAUGGCAAUUCUACUGGACUUUGACAUAUUCACUGAGAAGGAAGCUGGGACAUUGAAACCCUGCCUAGCAGUAGUGAAAGGUUCACUUGUGAAGCUCCAAGUAUGGAGAGCAAUGUGAAAGAUAGUUUCAAACAGAAAAAAACAGAAUUGUGCAUCUGUCUGUCGUCUGUCCUUUUCAACCUUUGUGAGUGCUAGAGAAGCAGAGACAUGGAUGAUAAAAAAUUUUUAUAGGGGAAACCUCAUUCUUUUCUGAUAUCUAGUAUCUAGAUACCAGAGGAAACCUCUGAUCUUCAUAAAAACAUAGAAGGACUAGAUUAUUUCAAAAGCUUUCAUUUAAAUUGGGUGAUAAAAGAGUCACUCAAGAUGCAAGAGCAAGAAUCUGCUAAAAGACAGAAACUUAAAUUCCUGACUUUUAAAAAGAGGGAUGAGAGAUGAUCAGGAUUCAUCUAUACCUGAACUGGGAGAAUUAUAGGAAGAUUAAUUGUUGCCUGCUUGUCUUGUGUCCUGCUAUAUCCUUACUGUUCUUGCAUAGAAAUGGGGAUAAAUAAUAGCACCUAUUUCACAGGGUUGUUGUGAGGACCAAAGGAGAUAAUAUUUGUGAUUUUUUGUUGUUUUUGUGCCAUAAUAAAUAUUUAUCCUUUCUUCCUUCCCUUUUUCUAGAUCUAUGAUCCAUUCUGUGAAUCAGUAUAUAAACUUAAAAGGAGAGAUUGCUUCACUAAAAGAUAAAAUAAAACCGCCUUCUUCAGUGCCUACCACAUAGUAGAUAUUUAAUAAAUGCUUGCUGAUUGGUUGAUGGUAACAUACCAAGAGGAGAGAUUUUGUAUGGAGACUUAUUUUUAAAAAUGUAAUAGGAUUUUAUUUUUCUAAAUAUAUGUAAAUAUUUUUGUAAAACUUUCUGUUCUAAAUUUUUCUCCCUCCCUCUCUUUCAUGCUUCCUCCCCAAGAUAGCAAGCAAUCUGAUUUAGGUUAAAUAUGUGCUAUUCUUUUAAAUAUAUUAACAUAUUUGUCAUGCUGUGCAAAAAAAAAAAAUCAGACCAAAAGAAAAAAAAAAAAAACAUGAGAAAGAAAGAAGCAAAUAAACAAACAAAAAAGGUGAAAAUACUAUACUUUGAUCUACAUUCAGUCUCCAUAGUUCUCUCUCUGGAUACAAAUGGCUGUGUCCAUCACAAGUCUAUUGGAAUUGCUUUGAAUCAUUACAUUAUUGAGAAGAUCCAAAUCCAUCACAGUUGAUCAUCAUAUGAUCUUGUUAUUGUUGUGCACAAUGUUCUCCUGGUUCUGCUCACUUCACUCAGUGUCAGUUCAUAUAAAUUUUUCCAGGCUUUUCUGAAAGCAGCUUGCAAUACAUUUCUUAUAGAAUGAGACAUUCCAUUACUUUCAUAACUUAUGAAGACUGAUUUCAAGGCGGUGUUAUAUGGAGGACAGAGCUCUACACUUAAAGUUGGGAAGACCUGGAUUCAGAUCCUACCUCAUAUACUUCCUACCUGGCCCUGUGCAUGUCACCUAUUUACUCUGGCCUUCAGUUUCCUUGUCUGAGAGGAGGGAGCUGGAUUUCUUAGGUGAUCCUUUCUACCCUUAGAAUUAAUAACUAGUACAUACAUACAUUUAUUAUAUGACAGGCACUCUGUUGAGUGCUUUACACACAUUCUCUCCUUUGAUUCUCAAAACAACCCUAGGAAAUAGCUACUAUUAUUAUUCCCAUUUUACAGUUGAGGAAACUGAUCUAGAAAUUAUAUGACUUGCCACACAGAAAUUAUAUGACUUGCCCAGAGUCACCCAGAUAGUAUCUGAGGCUGGAUUUGAAUUCCAGUCUUUAUGAUACUGGGCCUGACUCUAUCCAUUGCUCUACCCAGCUAUCUCUACAAUUUAAGACUAUUUUUAUUCUUGGCUUCUUGCUGCUGUAUUGGAGGUGAUGAAACUAAUGUGACUUUGAUUCUUUUUCACCCAAGAAAGUUGUAAAGAUAACACCUCACAUUUAUCUAAUUAUUACAGUUACAAAAACAUAAGGAAGCUCAUACAACCAGAGUUAUCCUGUCGUGAAGAAACUUAGACUCAGUAGCUUAUUUGUGGUUGCUCAGCCAAUAAACGGCAGAGCCAGGACCCAGACCUGGGUAUUCUGAGUCCUGGUCCAGUGUUCACAGAAAACCCAGCCCAGCCCCAGUGGCCAGUCAAGAUAUAGGUGCUCAGACAAUGAUGAAUGAGAUGAAGGGUAGGAAGCUGGCGGGACAGCAGUCACUGAACGCUCCCUCUGCAGACUGGCCAGGAGGGAGGGUAUGGUCUGAGUCCUAAAUAUUCAUCCCCCUUAGAUGAAAAGGCUAUCAUUUUUUUCUCUACUCAGGUCUCCCCAUUAUCAAUUGGUCUCCUCUCUCUCCCAGCUCAGCUAUUGAUUUAUAGACUUGCACAUGAUGAACUGUGAACUUCUAGCUACGUGCAGUGCCCUUGGGUAUCUUGAAGGAGAUAUUUACCACAAAGAGCCAGAUUGCUUAGAGAGUGUGAAGGAUUUGAUCCGCUACCUGAAGUAUGAGGAUGAGACCCAUGAUGUGCGGCAGCAAUUAGGAGCAGCCCAGAUCCUCCAAGGGGACCUUCUGCCCAUCCUCAUCCAGCACCGCCAGGACAAGCCGCUCUUUGAUGCUGUUAUCAGACUUAUGGUCAACCUGACACAACCUGCCCUGCUCUGCUUUGGCAAAGUUCCUCAGGAUCCCAGCUUCCGGCAUCAUUUCCUGCAAGUGUUAAGCUACCUACAAGCCUACAAAGAAGCCUUUGCCAAUGAGAAGGUCUUUGGGGUUCUCAGUGAGACACUCUAUGAACUAUUGCAGCUGGGCUGGGAGGAGCGUCAGGAAGAAGACAACUUGCUAAUUGAGCGGAUUCUUUUGCUGGUUAGAAACAUUCUCCAUGUCCCAGCUGACCCAGAUCAAGAAAAGAACGUCGAUGACGAAGCCAGUGUCCACGACCAACUGCUCUGGGCCUUACACCUCAGUGGCUUCGACGACUUGAUGCUCUUCUUGGCUAGCUCUGCAUCUGAACAGCAAUGGAGUCUACACGUGCUAGAAAUUGUUUCCCUCAUAUUCCGGGAUCAGAAUCCCGAGCAGCUGGCCGUGGCCGGGCAAGCACGCUCAGCACGUGAGCAGAAUGCUGACAUGGCCGAGCUGGAAGUUCUGCGGCAGAGGGAGAUGGCAGAGAAGAAGAACCGGGCCCUUCAGCGGAGCAGCAGACAUUCUCGUUUUGGAGGAUCCUACGUUAUCCAGGGGCUGAAAUCCAUUGGAGACAGGGAUGUUGUCUUUCAUAAAAGUCUACAUAAUUUUCAAACUUAUAGCCCAGAUGUGGGUAAAGAUACUCGCUAUGUGCCCCGACGCCGUCAGCUGGCCCAGGAGCCCGCCCUCCAGCGCCGUUCAGCCCUUAAUGUGCGCCUUUUCCUGCGAGACUUUUGCUCCGAGUUUCUGGAGAACUGCUAUAACCGCCUCAUGGGCCUAGUCAAGGACCACCUGCUCCGGGAGAAGGCACAGCAGCAUGAUGAGACUUACUAUCUGUGGGCAUUGGCCUUCUUCAUGACCUUCAACCGUGCCUCCAAUUUUCGGCCUAGCUUGGUUUCUGAGACUCUCAGUGUCCGAACUUUCCACUUCAUUGAACAGAACCUCACUAAUUACUAUGAGAUGAUGCUAACUGAUAGGAAAGAAGCUGUCUCUUGGGGUCGCCGAAUGCACCUAGCCUUAAAGGCCUAUCAGGAACUUCUGGCCACAGUGAACAAGAUGGACACAUCUGAGGAUGAAGCAGUGAGAGAGAGUAGCCGCAUCAUUAAGAAUAAUGUCUUCUACAUAAUGGAGUACAGAGAAUUAUUCCUGACUCUCUUUCGAAAAUUUGAUGAGACACGCCAGCCCCGCUCCUAUCUUCGUGACCUGGUGGAGACAACUCAUCUCUUCCUUAAGAUGCUGGAGCGUUUCUGCCGAAGCCGUGGAAAUCUAAUAGUGCAGAACAAAAGAAGGAGAAGGAAGAAGAAAAAGAAGGCACACACUCAGUCCCCAGCCACUGCUGGUCAAGUUCCCUACAGCCCAGAGGAUGCGGAGGAUGUGUGGCCAUCCCUUGCUGAGCAGCUGAAGCAUUGUGCCCAGAAUUCUGAGCUCACUCUGGACUCUGUGGUUCCCUUUGAUGCGGCUUCAGAGGUACCAGUAGAAGAGCAGCGGACAGAAGCUAUGGUGCGGAUCCAGGACAGUCUCCUGUCUGGUCAGGCCGCUGAGGCCCUGGCCCUUCUUCGGUCAGCCAGAGAAGUAUGGCCAGAAGGGGAUAUAUUUGGUUCCCCAGAUUUUUCCUUAGAUGAAGAAAUUGAACUUCUAAGACAGAUAUUCUCUGCCCCACUUCCCCGGCAGCAGGAGCCUGAAGAACAAGGUGGGGAGGAAGAAGAAGAAGAGGAGGAAGAGGAAGAAGAGGAGUUGCAAGCCGUCCAAGUUUUAGAGAAGGAGUUUAACUUCCUAGACUACUUGAGAAGAUUUGCCUGUUCAGCUGUUGUCAAAGCCUAUGUACUACUACUGCAGAACUACCAGAAGAACACUCCCCAUACCAAUCACUGUGUGGUUAAGAUGCUACACCGACUGGCCCAUGAUCUCAAAAUGGAAGCCUUGCUCUUCCAGAUCUCUCUCUUCAGUCUCUUUAAUCGGAUAUUUAGUGACCCUGCUUCUGGAGCCUAUAAAGAAUUGGUCACAUUUGCCAGAUAUGUGCUGGCCAAGUUCUUUGCAUUAACUGAAGUCAAUCGCAAGGCCUUUGUGGAACUUCUCUUCUGGAAGAACACAGCUGUUGUGCGGGAGAUGACUGAGGGCUAUGGUUCCCUGGAUGCUGAGUCUUCUAACCGAAAACCCUCCAAGUGGAGCCCGGAGGAGGAGAAACAGCUACAAGAAUUGUAUCUGGCCUACAAAGAUAUAGAAGGAGAGGAUGUGAUAGAUGCCAUCUUGACCCGCCUGAAGACUACGACUCAUUCUCGAAAACAAGUCAUUCAAAAGUUGGUUCGACUUGGACUGGCUGACAGUGUCAAGGAUUUCCAAAGACAAAGGAAGGGGACACGCUUGGUUUUAUGGACCGAAGAGCAAGAAUUAGAACUUCAGCGACUCUUUGAAGAGUUCCAGGGUUCUGAUGAUGUCCUGGGUAACAUCAUGAAGAACAUCACAGCUAAGCGCUCACGGGCCCGGAUAGUAGAGAAACUUCUGUCCUUGGGGCUAGUUGCAGAGCGGCGGGAGCUGUACAAGAAGCGCCGGAGGAAGCCUGCGACUGCCAGUCUUCUGGAUGGAAAGGAUCCUCUGAAGGACUCUGACCAGGAGGAUCCGGAGGAAGAAGAAGAGGAGGAUCAAUUGCUGGAGGAGGAUAGUGAGGAGGAUGAAGAAGGCCCAGGGGCUGAAGCAGCUCAAGGCACCCCAGGCCACAUAUCCCAAAGCCUUAGGCAGAUCCUGCAAGACGAAGACUUCUCUGCCCCUAUCCAGUGGCUCCAGAACUGCCUGAUUCGAAUAGCUGAAGACCGGGAGGAAGAUGGCUGCAGCCAGGCAGUGCCCUUGGUGCCUCUGACAGAGGAGAACGAAGAUGCAAUGGAGAAUCGGGAUUUCCAGAAGCUGUUGAGAAAGCUGGGGAUUCGGCCUCCAGCCUCAGAACAGGAAUCUUUCUGGAGAGUUCCAGCCAAGUUGAGUCCUGCACUGCUGCGGAGGGCGGCAGCUUCUUUGAGUCAAACAGGGCCUGAGAUACAGUCUGCAGACUGCCCAGAGCAGGGGCCCAGGAAGGAGAAGCCUGCACAAGCCCCAGGAUCCCCUGUGACGGCCAAAAAACGGAAGAUUGCUCUAGAAUCAACAGAGGGAAAAACUGAGGAGGAGCCAUCGAGUUCUGAGUCCCAGAAGCUACAACUACUAGACAGUGAUGAGGAGCAGAAGGAUGAAAAUGAAAACAAAGAUACUGAUCCAGACUCCCCUGAGCCCCCAAGGAGCCACAAGAGGAGAAGGUUUCUGAUUGAGGAUGAAGAUGACUAAGAAGCUGCUUUGAUGUGACAUGGGAGGGUGUCCCAGCACUGGUUCCCACAGCUACCUUCCAGGAGCAGCUCCGAAUUGCUGGGGCAGACUGGCAAAGGGGACAGUGGGUGUGUCCUUUGUUCCAGUUUCCUAGGGUAACAGGCUCUGCCCUUUUCUUGUCCUUGGUUAUCUGCCUUGGCCCAGCUUUGGAACUUUGGGGUGGGAGUAAGAAGGGCAAUUUAUAGAUACUUCUUGUUUUGUGCUUUAUUAUAAAAUUAAAGCAUUAAAUAAAAACCUGCUUCUGUUGGCCUGAA